AUGGAGAAGUACAAGGAGCUACUUGCACUUGAGUUUGCUGAUCAAGAUAGUAAAAAAACAAGACCUGAAGGGGUCUUACCAUGGCUUCCGACAGAUGCAGUGUCCAUUGACAAGCUUUACAGAAGGGUCAAGAACAUUAUGCCUAAUGUCAGGGAGUGUUAUGCCGAUGAAUUGAUCAAAGAUUACAGCUACGAGGAAUUUGCACAGAUGAUGUUCCUGGAUGGAUGCUUCAUCCUACAAUACCUUCACUGCAUUGUCACUGGCAAUUAUAAAGAGCUGAAUAUGAAGAGCCAUGAUAUAGCUUUCAUUCGUCAUGACCUUUUCGUACUUGAAAAUCAGUUGCCAUUUGAAGUCUUGCAGGUGUUAAUAUUUACAUGUAAAAAUAUGAUCUUGGUUGUUGGCUUCCGCUGCGUAUAUAUGCCUAUUUCCUAUCACUCACAUCGUUCAGCCAAAGAGCUGAGGAAAGCAGGAAUCUAUUUCAGGCCUGGAAAGAGUCGUCAUCUUUCAGACGUUAAGUUCAAUUCAUUUCAUUGCUCAGCUCUUUUAACACUUCCACCUAUAACCGUAGAUGAUUCAACCAAGUCGGAGUUCUUAAACUUGGUUGCAUAUGAGGCAUGCCCUGAUACACCAGAUGACUUUGGCGUUACAUCUUAUCUUUGCUUCAUGGAUUCACUUAUUGAUCAUGCUGAAGAUGUGAAAGAGCUCAGAUCCAAAGGUAUACUUCUUAACUAUCUUGGAAGUGAUCAAGAAGUUGCAGAUCUCUUCAAUGAGAUAGCAAGAGAUUUGGUGCCUAAUCCACAUGCCUUUGUUGAUGUCAAAAGACAAAUUGAGGAUCAUUACAAAAGCAGAACAAAAAUAUGGAUUGCUGAGUGGAAGAACACUCAUUUUACUACCCCAUGGACUCUUUUUGCAUUUAUUGCAGCACUUUUUGUCAUUGGCUUGCAAAUCACUGAUACAUUUCUAGCAGGCGUCCAGACCUAUUAUGCAGUCCAUCCCAAAUAG